GACAAACUGUAACGUUAAGACGUCCUGUAUUCUCCAGUUUGUUGACUACUUUCAAAGCGAAUCCCAUUUCACAUUCAAAUGUCAAUACUUUAUUAGAGGUUGAAAUCAAUGUAAUACCUCUUUCAAACGCUAAAAUCUCGUUAGAAAUUCUGCAAAAUGAAACAGAAUGA